UCGAGAGAGAAAUUGACAUUACUGAUCAUGAAAACUUGCGUUGUGGCUUUGUUCUUGGUGGUGUUGGUGGGUUCAAAGGGUUUUGUUGAUGGGGCUGGAGAGUGUGGGAAGACUCCAAUUAGGUCAGCGGCGACUAGCUUGAGCCCGUGUUUGAGCGCGGCUGGAAAUGCCAGGGCUAAGGUUCCGCCACUCUGUUGCUCAAAAGUAGGUGCGUUGAUCAAGACUGCACCAAAAUGUCUUUGUGCCGUUUUGUUGUCGCCUUUGGCUAAGCAGGCUAGAAUUAACCCUGCCAUUGCUAUUACAAUCCCCAAACGAUGCAACAUUAAGAAGAGGUCCGCCGGAAAGAAGUGUGGAAGGUACACCGUCCCAUGAGAGGAGAAUCAAAAUAGAGUAAUCCAACAGUAGAGAAAAGGAAUAACA